UCUUCACCCCUGGUCCUCAGCCGGCCUCUGCUCCCUCGCUCCACCUCCUGCACCUCGACACCCUGUCCUCCGCCAUGUCUCCCCUACUGAGGAGCCCGCUGGCCGGGUCGGGGCCGGACCUCUGCUACCCCCUGCUGCUCAACACCUCCUGCCGGCUGAGCCUCCAGCCCCGCUUCACCGCCAGCCUCCUCUACACCCUGACCUUCUCCCUGGCGCUCCUCACCGUGCUGCUCAACCUGCUGCUCAUCGUCUCCAUCGCCCACUUCCGCCAGCUGCACACGCCCACCAACCAGGUGCUGCUGUCCCUGGCCGGCUCCGACCUGCUCAUCGGCCUGGUGGUGAUGCCCCUGGAGGCGCAGUACUACAUCAGCUCCUGCUGGCUCCUGGGUCCCUGGCUCUGCUACGUCUACUACACGCUGAGCUACGUGCUGACCUCGGCGUCGGUGGCCAGCAUCCUGCUCAUCUCGCUGGACCGCUACCUGGCCGUCUGCCAGCCGCUACGCUACGCCAGCGAGGUGACCAUGGGCCGGGUGCAGCUCGCCGUGGGCCUCUGUUGGUCGUGCGCCGUCGUCUACAACGGCAGCCUCGUGGUCGUGAACGUAGGUCGAGAGCCGCGCCGACGGAGGUCGUGCCGGGGGGAGUGCGUGGUGUUGGUGGACGGGCCGACCGGCUGGGUGGAGCUGCUGGUCACCUUCCUGGCGCCCAUAUCCACCGUGGUGGCGUUGUACCUGCAGGUCUUCGGCGCCGCUCUGUCCCAGACGCGGAAGAUGAGGUCGUCGCGGGCGGCGGCGGCGGGGGGGACGGCGGCGGCGGCGGCUCGGCGGUCGGAGUUGAAGGCGGCGCUGAGGCUGGGCGUGGUGGUGGUGGUGUUCCUCCUGUGCUACUUUCCCUCCCUCGGGUUCAUGGGUCAGGACGCGUCAGAGAACUUUGCCGCCUGGUCCUGGGGCGUCUGGUUGUUGUAUUUAAACUCCUGCCUGAACCCGCUGCUGUACGCCUUGUUCUACCCGUGGUUCCGGAGGACGAUCAGAAUGAUCGUCACCCUGCAGAUACUGAAGCCAAACUCCAGCCGGGCCAGCGUACUGCACUGACAAAACUCCUUCUUCUUUCGUGUCACAUCAGAGGUCCAACUCAGUGUCUUGUAGCCAUGCCCUUGUCUCUGGUCCCGCGUCAAAGAGGCCGGCUUUCCGAGGGUGGUCUGUGUAGGGGGCAGGUGGUCAUAAUAUGCUCGACAGUCUGUUCAGGGGCAACCACACUCGCAUGCAGCGCUAGUGUCUGCCAGGCCCCACUUCUUCAUUGAAGAUUUGAACCGACCGACCCCAGUACGUAGACGGUUCAGCAGACUCCAUUGCCGGCGUGGAUGAUCGUCUCAUGUGGCUCCAUCUCCUGGAUCCAAGAUGUAGUGGUGGAUUUGGGUCAGCCCAGCCCUCUCCCACUCCUGCUGACAAACUAAGAAUAAGGGGACAUGUCUGUUUUUUUUAUUUCUCAUUAUAGCGGCAUUCUGAGGCAUUAUAAUUAUUAUAAUCAGAGGUGCAUAUGUUUUAAAGUAUCAUCAAUUGUUAGAUUUGUAUUGGUUUUACUUUUGUACAUUCUAUUAAUUACCAAUUAAAAUGUAAGAUUGAAUGUUUGUGUUUAAUUUAGUUGAAAGCGUUUUACAUUCGGCUGUUUUAAUACAUAAUAUCUUGUGUGGUGAGCGUUGUAUAAGUAUCGGCCAGACUCCGAGGCCACCCUAUUCUAGGAAUACGCUGACAGAUAUUAUUUCAGGAAUGUAGAGGCAUGAAGAUCUUAAUCAUCCUGCCUCUUCCUCGUCCUCUACAUACCUGUCUGUCCCCUCUGCCUGUCUCACCACCACGGGGCGCAGAGCGUUCAGCCGCUCUGGUCCCCGUCUCUGGAAUUCAUUUCCACACCAACUCAGAAACAUCCACUCAUUCUCCCCCAUUUCAAAUCACAACUUAAACACGUGUUUAAAACGGCCAUUUUCCAUCUGAUGCCAAUUGCUAGCUCUCUUAUUCUGGUUGUUAUCUUUUCUUUUUCUUUUUGUUAUUUCUCUUCAAUUACUUUUGUGUAUGUAUCUCUGACUGUCUGCUCUUCUUUGCUGACAGAUAUUGUUUCUUGAAUGCAAUGAAUUUUUUUACUCUUGUGUAUUGUAUUAAUAACAAAUUAAAAUGUAAGAUUGAGUUUUGUGUGAUUCUGCAUGGUAUAAGUAUACCAUAUUGUAGCAUGCACUGAGAGAUAUUAUUUAAUGGUUGUAUAGGCGAUAGGGCAUAAGGAAUAUGAUAGGCAGAUGUGUAUAUUUAUUUCUGACUGCCUUCGGCAGUAUAAUGGGGUGGAAUAACAGUGCGUGAAGUGAAGUUUGCAUCAUUAAAGCUUAAUAUUGAAUGUAUAUGUUCAAUAAACUUGAAAUACGUUUACAUUCUACAAUUUGAAAUCAGAAUAUUGUGUUUGGACGGCACGGAAUUAGUAAUAGAAAAAUGAAAUAGUAAUAAAAUAAAUAAAAAUAUAACCGCAAGCGGUGAUUAACGUGGUCUGAGCAAAAUGUAUGGAAUUUAUAUAUAUAUAUAUAUAUAUAUGAAAUAUAUAUACAGUGGUGUAGUCUAUUUUGUUGUAGUGGGUAUACUGUGAUGAUUCCCUCCCAGCCUCGUACAA